CGUCACUUGUCGUCGGACACCGGUAGAAGACGGUUCAUCUUUUCACUUCGAGGGGGUGCUGCUCGAGCUGUUGUGACUAUUUUUUAAGUAUUAUAAAAAAUAAAGCACUAGUGCGUUAUCAACGAUCAAACAUUCGACCAAGUGGCUUCGCGUACGACGGAAUUGUUUGUCGCGUGUUUCGUCCAGAAUGCCCCCAGAAGAAGGUUUGAGUGGUGUGGAGUUGUCCGAAAAAGCAGCUCCCGGAAGUGGAGUUAACGGAAAGCAUAAGGUUGGCGAUGUAACAACCUCGGUGGAUAUGACUUCGAAUGACAGCGGGAUCACACGUGAAAAGUGGGGAAAGAACAUCGAGUUCCUGCUGUCCUGUGUGGCGCUUUCCGUUGGGUUUGGGAACGUCUGGAGGUUUCCGUACACUGCGCUGAAGAACGGAGGUGGGGCGUUCGUGAUCCCGUACCUGAUCGUGCUGUUUGUGGUCGGGAGGCCGCUGUACUACCUGGAGAUGGUCAUGGGACAGUUUUCGAGCAGGGGGUGUGUUAAGGUGUUUGACGUGAGCCCGUUGAUGCGCGGGGUUGGAGUUGGACAGACGAUAACGUUGUUUACGAUCGUGGGGUAUUACGCGGCGGUGCUGGCGAUCGCGGUGAGAUACCUGGUGGACUCGUUCCGAAGCCCACUGCCGUGGACCGAAUGUCAGUCGGACUGGUAUGGAUGCGUGUCGUCGAGCUUUCAGGGACAGGUGCAUGAGAAUGGUACCGGGGUGGUGUCCGCGAAGCUGUACUUUGACAAAGUUGUAGUCAAACUUGCUCCAAACUUGAACGACGGCAUCGGAACUCCCGACUGGAAGCUGGCACUCUGUCUACUAGUCUGUUGGAUCUGUAUCACUGCCAUGCUGAUCAAGGGGAUUAAGAGCUCUGGCAAGGCGUCCUACUUUUUGGCGAUCUUCCCAUACGUGAUUCUGGUGAUCUUGCUUGGAAGAGCAUGCACGCUGGACGGGGCAGCGGAAGGGAUCCUGUACUUUGUCACCCCAGAGUGGGGCAAGCUGCUGGAGCCGAACGUUUGGUUCGAAGCCGUAUCGCAGUGUUUCUUUUCACUUACGAUCGGCUUGGGAGCCGUGAUCGUGUUCUCGUCGUUCAACAGCUUCUCCAGCAAUAUCUAUCGUGACGCCAUGAUCAUCUCCUGGCUGGACACGUUCACCUCGAUCAUAUCCGGUAUCAUCGUGUUCGGGGUGGUUGGCAACCUGGCCCACGUAACGGGUCGUGAAGUGAAAGACUUUCAAGACCUCGGAGGACCGUCGCUAACCUUCAUCACCUAUCCGGACGCGAUCGCCAAGAUGGACUUUAUCCCAAACUUUUUUGCGGUGAUGUUCUUUCUGAUGUUUGUCGUGCUUGGACUUGGGAGCAACAUGGGAGUUGUUCAGGCUAUUAUGACCUCGAUUCGGGACCGGUACCCGCAGGUCCAGACGUGGAAGGCCGUGCUGGCGAUUGCGAUCGCUGGGUUCAGCUGUGGGCUGGUUUAUCUAACGCCAGCUGGUCUGCACGUGCUCGGAGUUGUCGAGUACUACGGGGUGACGUUUGCGUCGUUGACGCUGGUGAUCCUGGAGGCCGUCACGUUCUGCUGGAUCUACGGGGUAAACCGGAUCUGCCAGGAUAUUAAGUUUAUGUUGAACAUCGAAACAGGACUGUUUUGGAGGGUAUGCUGGGGGCUGUUGACGCCGGCGAUCAUCAUUGCAGUCUUUAUGCUGCAGAUCUUCAAGGAUGCAGAUGAAGUUCCGGUUGGGUACACGGUGUUUGGCUGGUGUUUGUACGGAUUUACCGUGGUGUUACAGAUGAUAGGUUGGGGUGCGUAUGCUACAAGUAAACAACCGGAGAAGCAAUUACUAGACAAAGUUAGAUCUGCUUCAAGACCAACGGAAGACUGGGGACCUGAGAGUACCGCUUUGAAACGAGAUUAUGACGCAGCUAUGCAACGAUAUGGAGAGUCAUUUAACAAGAGUGGGAACAUUGUUCGACGAACUUUUCGUCGAAUAUUUAAGUAGAUCAAAGUUGUAAAACUAGGGCAUUUUAUCAGUAUUGAUUUGUAGAAAAUUAUUGGAUUACUGCCGAGACAUUCAACGAAACAACUAGUAUUUACUCAUACAUUUUUAUUCGUUAACAUUCUUCCAAUAAGUACGGAAUACACAUUAAAUCGACAACAAGGUAAA